ACGUGUUCGGGUGAUCACGGCCAUGUGGAAUGUCUUUUAGGACCUACCAAGAAAGUUCCUCUUCGACACACUAAACUUCGACCAGGCGGAUGCUCAUGGGAUCAAAUUCAGCGUGCCGGCGCGGAGUGACCCUGAAGGCGCGAGGCGUGCUGCCACCUGUGGGCGGCGCGCGAAAGCGGCCCGCCGCGGUCUGGCCGUCGCCGCUGCCCUCCGCCGCCAAGUCGCUGCGUGCGGGUCGCGGGUUCGCAGCCGAAGGCCCACGGCGCCAGGCGCCCUUCAUCCUCAGGGGUUCGGGCCGUUGCUGCGGUUGCCCCACCCUAGUUGCGGCCAAGAACAGGUGGCCGUGUCGGGUAGUCCGCCCCCGCCGCCGUCGUCCGGCACGACCGUGGCCGCCGCCGCCGCGCCCGUGGCCGCCUCCGGAGCGGGGGCCGUGCCCUCCCCCGGCGCCGCCGCCGCCGCCGCGGCCGCCCCCGGUGGCGGGCGGCGGCGCGGCGCGCUGCUGCGACACGGGCCGGCCGCUGUUCACGGACCCGCUGACGGGCCAGAGCGUCUGCUCGUGCCAGUACGAGCUGCUGGGCUACCAGCGACUCGCCGCGCCACCCGGCCUGCCGCUCUCCAUGUACUCGGCGCCGUACGCCACGCCCGACGGCAUGGCCGCCUACUUCCCCGCGCUGGGAGCCGACCAGGCGCCCUUCUACACCUCCACCGCGGGCCUGGAGCUGAAGGAGAACCUGGCGGGCGCGGGCUGGCCCUACCCGUCCGUCUACCAUCCGUACGACGCCGCCUUCGCCGGCUACCCCUUCAAUGGGUACGGAAUGGACCUGAACGGCGCGCGACGGAAGAAUGCGACCCGAGAAACGACGAGCACGCUCAAGGCGUGGCUCAACGAGCACAAGAAGAACCCGUACCCCACCAAGGGCGAGAAGAUCAUGCUGGCCAUCAUCACCAAGAUGACGCUGACGCAGGUGUCCACGUGGUUCGCGAACGCGCGCCGCCGCCUCAAGAAGGAGAACAAGAUGACGUGGGAGCCGCGCAAUCGCGUCGACGACGAAGACAACAACAACGAGGAGGAGAGCGGCCGCAAGAGCGCCGACCACCACAAGGACCCCGACUGCAAAGACUCUGGGACGGGGUCCAGCGAGGACGGCGACCGGCCGCGCAGCAGCGAGUGGGGCGGCUCGCGGCCCGAGUCGCCGGCCGACUGCCUGCCGCCGCCCCCGCAUCUGCUGUACACGCGGCCAGCGGGGGCGGGAGCGGGGGCGGGUGCGCCGCUCAGCUCGCAGCAGUCGGCGCCCGCGGGGCCCAGCAAGCCGCGCAUCUGGUCGCUGGCAGACAUGGCCAGCAAGGACCGCGACCCGUCGCCGCCGGCCGCCCCGCAGCACCAGCACCAGCCCGCCCCCGCCGUCGCCGCCCCCACCGCCUCCCACCCACAGCCGGCGCCGGGGCCCCUCGCGCCGUCCGCCGCCUCCGCCUCCGCCGCGGCCGCCGCCGCCUAUUACUCGGGCAAGCUCGUCGCCCCGCUUGCCGCACCUGCGCACCGCCACCACCUGCUGUACCCGCGGCCGCACCCGGAGCUGUACCGCGGCUUCUACGCGGCGGCGGCGGCGGCGGGCCACCACGACGCCUACUCGCGGCUGUCCAAGGCGGCGUCGCUGGCGGCGGCGCAGGCGCAGGCGCAGGCGCAGGCGCACGUUCACGCUCACGUUCACGCUCACGCGCACGCGCACGCGGCGCAGGGCCUGACGGUGGCGCCCGCGCCCGCCUCCUCGUCCUCGUCGUCCAGCUCGUCGGCGUCGGGCGCCGACCCGCCGGAGAAGAACUGACGCCGCCGGCCAGCGCCGCCCCCGCCCCCGCACCCGCCCCCGCGGCCGCUCGCCGCCGGCCUGCUGGUGGUGCCCGCCGCCAUCCGCCCCUGAGGCCACUCUGCCGACACAUCUGUGCAAACAGCCGCACACUGAGGGUAUUCGUACGACGACGAGGACACGAACUGGGAACUGUCCGUGACUGCCUUGCAGUUUUUCGUGCACUCUAGAUAUUUCGACAUUGCUGGCACCUCUGGCGUCGAGAGGAGCGCCCAGCGCCCUUUUCCCGAGAGGAAUACUACGCUCCCCGAGAUCGUCAGCUCUAAAUCUGGAAGGGAGUGCCGAGCUACUGCAAUAAACUCUUCCAGAACAGUACAGGGUCCCACUCCCUUCGGCGUGAUUCAAACAUCUCGUAUCCUCCGACGCUGUGUAGAAGCAUCAAAAACAGUACAAUGUGAAACAUAUUCAAUGCUGCGACGAAGACCGUCGCAGAAAAAAAACGAACAUUGUCUAAAUUAUGCAGUGUCGUUGAUUUGUUAUGCCACUAACAGACAUUUGCCGCAGAUCGUUUGGACGAAUACGUAUCAGUAGCAGUUAAUUUAAUUAAUCAAAAUUUUAACGGGCUGUAGAGCCGCAGCUACAGCAGUUAUACGCUUCAUCGUUUCCAACGUCGUGAUGCGGAUAUUUUGGACGCUCGUUGAAUUGCUUGAAUGCGUGGGGGUCGUUUGAUGUUUCAGGAAAAACCAUAAGUAUUUCUUUAGGACGAUACGUUUGUAUGUGCGAUGUUCCUUUUAUUGUACGUCUUUUGUUAGAUUAACUUAAGCCAGUUACAAAUUAUCUUUACAUGGUGACUGUCCGAGUUUUUCAAUUCAAAAAAUGGAAACCUCAGUGGAUUAAGCAAAAAAAAAAAAAAACAGUAUGUAUGUAUAGUCAUGUGUAGGUAAUAGGCAGCCCUUCAAAACGUACCUUCGUCGUCUUCGACUUGCCUUUUACAUAGAGAGCUUCUCCGAUCGAAAAAUCUACUUACUGCUCACGUCUUUUAAGGAAGUAAGUACGACGAGUCUGUUCAAAACUGAGUCAAGGGCGCUGAGAGGUGAGUAAUGUGUAUAUCCCUAACGCAGGCGUCAGGUCAUCAAGUUGGCAGCAGCGUGUGCCGCGCCAGGCGCACAGCGUGCAUAAUCCUUUUACGAUUGUCCUCUCGCUAAAAUACAAUUGUUUUUCUUUUUGUUAAAAAUACGUCUUAUGUAAAAAUGAAUAUGUAUAUGACAUAAAUUAAAUUAUACAAUUACAACUUUUCAAAUUC